AUGAGAGUUUAAGCUUCAUCGUUCAGAUUGCCUGUUCUUAAAUUACAACCUAAAGACCCUCAAUUCAGCCUGAGUUAUGGUGAUAAUAAUCAAUCAAGCUCUUCGAUGAUCAAAUAUUAGAGUAAUCCUCAAAGAUAUUAUGAUCCAUCUCCCGUCAAAAAGAGAGUGAGAGGAAUGACCAUUGCCAUCUAUAAUAGUUAGGAGAAACUGAAAACAGCAGAAUUUCGUUACGGAAGCGAUUUGAUCACUCAAACUUAACCUCUCAACCAAAGUGCAUCAGUUGUUAAUACUGUACGCAGAUAUAGAAACAAACUAAAACAAUUGAUGUACUAACCUCCAAAGGAAGAUGGAGGACUAUCUCGAGACCCUAGGAUUUACUCAUUUAAAGAACCUGCUGCCUCCAUUCGAUUGGAUCGACUGGCUAAUGAUCGGGGUGAUCAAUAAUUGAAGGACAAGGUCACCCAAUUAAUGAGCAAGGUGAAAUUGCUAUUAUCCACUCAACAGUUUUAUUAAGAGCCACAACAAUAGGAGACUUUCUAAGUUACGAUGGUACGACUUAAAGAUGAAUACGACUGUCUCUACCAAGACUUUAAUGAUUACUAUGUGCAAAAUAAAAAGCUGGACAACCAAGUCAUUCAACUCUAAAACCACAUGGAAAUCAUCAAGACAUUGCUCAAGCCCAAGAGACCCACCAUGACCAGAAAAUAAUCUGCCAUCCUCUUCGACCAAGACAAAUAGGAAGUCUUGAUCCCAGAAAUCUCAGAAAAAGUUGAAGAAACUCCACAAUUGUCUGAAAUAAUAGACAUUCCACCUCCACGUCAACAAACACCCAUCAUCUCCCAAGCAGAACCUGAGGAAAGUGUAUUCACUCCUCUCACCUCCAUAUAACUUAAUGAAGAUCAACCUCCAAGUGAUCUGGAUAAAGAAGAAACCAAUAAUAACAGUCCUAGCAGUCCCAAAAAGAAACGCACCAAAAAUAAGCGUAGUCCUUAGAAGUCUUAGAAAUCAAUUAUUUUUUAAGUAUCAGUGUAAGAUCUCUCCUAAUUGGAUUUUAAUCCUUUAUCUUCAUAAUAGCAAUAAUUGAGUUCAAGAUCUAAAAUUCCUUUGGAGGACAUUCCCCUUAAGUCAGUUCGCAGUACAAAAAGCGAGCAGUUAGUAGAAAUAGACAAUAAAUAGGAUGAAACUCCCAUAUCAGAAAAGACUCCAUUGAAAAAAUAAACCAGCAAUUUAGGAUCUCUUAACAAAAGAAGAAACACAGUUCUCGAAAAUAAACAGGGAAGAAGAGUACAAAAAGGCGCAGCUGCUAUCUCCGAAUAGGAUGACAGUUAAUCUGAAUUAGGCGAAGACGAAGAUCAAGAAAAAGAGGAAGUGAUUGAAAUAUAAGAAGAAGAACAUUAAGAAAACCAAACUAAAAACUUUUACUAUUAUGAUAGUCUAUUAGACAAAUUAAUCGAAUCUGAGAAUAUUUACAGAUACCCCUUCUAUUAAUCGUGGGAAUACCAUGAAGAUCAAAUUAUUCAAGGUGCAAUUUUUGGAGAAUUUGAUUUAUGA